GUGAAUAAGAAAAAACUGGUUAACUGGAGUUUGCCUCCCAUGAAUCCGUGUUUAGAACGUCGCCAUUCGAUUGCAUUUUCGUAAUCGUGCCGUCGGUCGGUCGGGCGAAACAAUAGUGCAUCGCGCGAUAGAACGCUGGGCGACCCCGUCCGCCCGAAAAGCAACCCGGUGCGCGCGUGCGACGCCGACGCGCCGAGAGGGCCGAUGCGGGCGCAUCACAGCCAGCAAGCGACGACGCUGGUGCUGGCGGCAGGCCGCCGCUGAACGCGACCUGGCGUGCGAAAACAAACGCAACCGCGCGCCGCAACCCAGCAGCACAACCACAUCGCCUCCAGCGAGUCGCCGCGCACAUCCUGCACAUCACGCAGUUAGUGAAGCUCCAGGCACACACGUCCGACCACAGUGUUGACAGUUAUGUCAUGUAGUCACGGCCGAACCUGGUGAUCCACCGAAGAGCAUCUUCGAAGAGACAGUGAAUAUAAACCCGAUGUGAUUAUAAAUAACACAACAUAAAAAACAACAGGCAGGAAUAUAAUAACAAAAUCGAGUUGAUGUGUUACCAGUUGGCCUGGGGCAGGAUGUUUGUGUGCACCAAUGCAAAGGACACUUGGGGCUAGUGCCGUGAGACUCAGUGAGCCGAUGCCUCUGCUAUAUGCACAGCACCAAUGUCUGUGUACCAGGUUAUUGCUGUUAUAUAGCAGAAGGCUGAACAUACUCAACGCGACGCAGUGCUAGGCAUGGAUACGGUGCGCGGGUGAGGAGGGUUUUGUUCCAAUUCUAUGUUCAUUGAGUUCGCGUGGCGAUGGAUCGGGACGUUCCCAGUGUGCCAAUCACCACUUUGGCUGGGGUUGCAAGUCUAACCGACUUACUUCCUGAAAUGCCAUUACCGACGCCGUUACCACAAACUUUGAGCAACAAAUCGUUGCUGUUUCAUCCCCGCGUCGCUGAAGAAGCGCAAAAUUAUUUGAGGACGCAGGACGAUAUGCUUGUGCCGCAAUUGCUGCAAUCGCUCAGUCAAACUUCAGCUGAUCACAUUGAUGUAAAGGACAAUUUUAUGUGUUCCGAAACGUCGGUUGAUCCACACGGGGAUAUUCCACCCCUGCUGCAAUCUCUGAUAGCAGCAAAUCCAAAUGUAUUCCGAGGAAAAGGUGAUCAUAACAAUAUGUUACUCCUCGAUAAAAACCUUGAUCCGUACACGCACGGCAACACUGUUCUCAACAGUUGUAAGCCGCUGCAAGACGGAAACCUCCAUCCGUACCACGAUGCUUCACUGCAGGCGCUGCCAAACGCGCACCUGCCGAUGGAGAACUCGAUGGGGAUGCACGCGAUGGGCGCGCGUAUGGACCUUCCGAACAAUACCGGAGUGCCUCACGUGCCCAUUCAGCAACAACAACAACAACAACCGGAUCAGAUGAUGUAUUCUGAUCCAAUGCAACAACAGCAACAACAAAUGCAUCAUCAGCACAACCAACAUCUUCAACUGCCGCAUCAACAACAACAUCUUCCACAACAGCAGCAACAUCAGAUGGAUUACGAUAAUUAUCAUCAGCAAACACAAGAUUCACAUCUUGGGCAUCAUCAACAACUUCCUCAGCAACAUCUUGAUCAUGUGAAUCAGUCUAUGGUACCACAACAAAAUGUACAACAUCACCAGCCAGAAAUGUUCCAUCAGGAUUUAUCUGGGAUGGUGCCACAUUCUAUAAAUCAAAACCAUUUAGAUAAAUCAGCUGCGAAUUCAUCGGAUCCUGUCAUAAUGCAACCUGUGGUUCGUCUACAGAGGAUAUCUGAUCAGGAUCAAAUGUUGAUGCAGAAAAGUCUGACGAAUUUCAUCGAAAACCGGCCCAAGUUGGCUAAAGAGCUGGGAAUUGAUGAUAUUGUUGAAGGUAAUCCGGAACAAACGAAUUCCAACGCGAAAACAGCGAGAAGUCGAGGCGCUGCGAAGUAUAAAGACAACUCAGGUUCAGAGGAUGAAGAUGGUGAGAUGAACGAUGAAAAAGAUGAGUCUGGGAAGAAGAAGAAAGCGUCGAAAAAGAAUAGCGUCGAGGAGGAAGAUUUCGUGCCUGAUACAUUCACAGCUCUUGUUGGAAAGAAGCGGCGUUUUGAACCUACUGUUGAACGAACUGCAGAACCGGUGAUUAAACCGAAGCUGCGUAAAGUUGAGAAGAAACUCGGUCCGAUUGUGCAUAAAAUGACAAUCGAGGAGCUCAUGGAGUCGAGUACAUACGGCAGGUUUAAUAAGAACGUAGAAUAUGUGAUGAAAUUUUAUAGUAAUAUUGAUGUUACCGAAAUUGGUGAUGAUGGUAUGGUACCAGAUGAACAUCUUCUGAGUCGGCAUAUCGUGCAGGAGUUAGCGACAGAGGCAGCCAAGUUGAAUAUCAACGCUGGUAUGGAGAUGAUUCCCACCGACAAGAUUGUGAAGCUUCUGAACGCGUUGGAGAUUACGAUACGUGGGGCUGAUCGUGUGACGCCGAUUACCGACGAGGAUAACGAGAAUAUGCGGCAGUUGUGGAUUGAAACGGCGAUGGAGCGUGUUAUGGGCGCUGCGGAUGCUUGUCUGACGUGUUUGCAUAUUCUUACCGCGCGUAAUAUGCCCAAACGCGUCUACAUCGAGGAUGUCAUUGAUAGAAUCGUUCUUUUUAUCAAAUAUCAACUUGUCAAUACGAUAUUUCCGUCGUAUGACGUUACCUAUCGAGUAGAUAGCAAGAAAAAGGCUGAUGGAAGAAAGAAGAAAUCAGUACAGUCGUUAGACCGAAAUAUUCAAAUUUUGUACAAUAAACUUUGCGAAUUGGUCUCAAAACUCGCGGAUCUCAUGGAGAUCCAACUCUUGACUGACACAAUAGUCCUGCAUACGUCUUCGAUGGGUGUUUCGCCUUUUUUCACUGAGAAUGUCAGCGAAUUGCAACUCUCUAGUUUGAAGCUUGUUACGACGCUUUUUACAAGAUACGAAAAACAUCGCCGAUUACUCCUUGAUGAUAUCCUCGCUUCAAUCGCGCGUUUGCCAAGCUCCAAGCGUAGUUUACGCACGUACAAACUUAAUAGCGAAGAGAAUAUUCAAAUGCUUACCGCGCUCGUGCUUCAACUCAUACAGUGCAUCGUCGUACUACCGGAAAACCUCAACAAGCGCAAAAACAAGGAUCGCGAAAAGGAGGAGAAAAAGAACCGUGAACGCGAAGGUGAAGACCGGGACAAGCUGAAAAACGUUGAUAAGGACGUCCUCAUAAGCAAUAAAAACCGCGAAGCUAUCUCCACCGCCGGCACUUUCCUCUCUGCGUUUCUUUCGAAGUGCGGCACGAAAAACGAAGAUAUUGAUUAUCGGCCGCUGUUUGAGAACUUCGUGCAGGAUUUGUUGACGACAGUGAACAAACCCGAGUGGCCAGCCACCGAAAUGGUGCUUAGUUUGCUUGGAAAGCUCCUGGUGAGUAACUUUUCCAACAAAGGCAUUGAUAUGUCGCUGCGAGUUGCUAGUCUUGAUUAUUUGGGGGUGGUUGCCGCGAGAUUACGAAGAGACAGUGUGUUGUCGAGGUGUAAACUCAGCACAAUUGAUCACAUGAUCAAGGAAAUCAAAGCCGAAGAACUGCGAGAAACCGAAGGUGAAGUAGUGAGUAGAGAACUUGAGAUUAACGACGAAGAACGAAUUCAGUUUCUGCAGCGAGUGUUAUUGGACUUCCUGGCGGUGAAUGCGCAAAACGACGAAGCAUACAAAUUUGCGCGUCAUUUUUACAUUGUACAGUGGUAUAAAGAAUGCCAUUCGGAGAAACAGGCCAUUAAGGAACCGAAAAACAACGCGAAAGACAAUCAUCGCAAUCGGAAACGAAUCGUGGAUUCCGAUAAUUCGGAUGAAGAGUUAUCCAAUCCCAGGGAAAAGGAAAAAGACAUCGAGUCGUUGAUUGAACAGCAGAAACUUUUGGACGAACGCAAAAAGUUUCUGUUGUCUAAAGUCUGCUCGUUUAAAGAGGCCGUCAGCGCGGGUAACAAAAUCAAAGUCUUCGAGACCUAUAUUGACUACGAAAUGGCCGAAUUGAUUGCGCAGUAUUUGGCAUCAAAGCGGCAUUUUUCCAAGUGUUUCGAUAUAUAUCUCAAGUCGAUCCUCUUCGUGUUGAGGGAACCAUCAAUAGCAAUACGAACGAAAGCAAUGAAAUGCCUCACGAUGAUCGUGGAGGCAGAUCCGUCUGUGUUAGGCACGCGCGAUGUACAAAUCGGCGUGAAUUACUCUAUCGUCGAUCAUUCGACAUCUGUCCGCGAAGCGGCCGUGGAUUUAGUUGGUAAAUUUGUCCUCAGUCGGCCGGAACUGAUCAACAAAUACUAUCAAGUGCUUCUGGAUCGAAUUUUAGACACUGGCGUAAGUGUGCGUAAACGUGUGAUCAAAAUCCUCAAGGAUAUCUGUAUAGAAUGUCCCGAGUUUCCAAAAAUACCCGAAAUCUGCGUGAAAAUGAUUCGUCGCGUGAAUGAUGAGGAAGGCAUCCGGAAACUUGUCAUGGAAGUGUUUCAAAACAUGUGGUUUACUUCGUCAUCGGCGAAUUCGUUGCUGCGGAAAGUUAUGAACAUCACGGAUGUGGUUGCUUCAAGCAAUGACAGUCUAGAGUGGUUCGAACAACUUUUGGUGAGUUUGUUUAAACCCAAAGAGGACAAGGAUGAUUCGACCAAAGUGAACACAGAACCACCGAAAGCCCUGCUAAUUGCAUGCAAGCAGAUUGUCGAUUGUUUAAUUGAAAAUAUUUUGACGAUUGAAGAAUCGACUGGUAAUGGUACCUCGCAGAGAUUAAUCGCCUGUAUAACAACGCUGUAUUUAUUCGCGAAGAUUCGGCCGCAGUUGCUGGUGAAGCAUGCGAGUACCCUGCAGCCUUAUCUGAGCGUGAAAUGCGAUAGUCGCGAUGAGUCUGCGAUUAUCGAACGCGUCGCAAAGAUGUUGGAGCUUGUCGUGCCAAUGAUGGAGCACCCGAGCGACUCAUUUCUUUCACAGCUGGAAGAGGAUCUCAUGAAACUCAUCCUGCAGCAUGAUAGAAACAUUGUGAGCAGUUGUGUUUCUUGCCUGGCGGCGAUUGUCAACCGUGUGACGCGGAACUUUAAGUUGAUUCGCGAUUGCUUUACGAAGUACUUUCAGUUCUUGGAGAGAUUCUACGACGGAUUGCGGAAUCAGCAUCCGCAGUAUCAGCUCAACGAUGUGCGCAUUCGAGGGUACUUCAGGAGGUCGUUGUUUACGGUCGGAUUGCUCUUUAGGUACUUUGACUUUAAAAACCCAGAAGUGAGCGACACGUUGAUGAACACGAAGGAUAAGAUCUACGAGAUGUUUAUGUACUUUUUGCAUCGUGAUGAUGAGGACAUUCAAGCGAAUACGCUGAAGGCGAUGGGCGCGAUAUGCAUCAGGCAUUACGAGUUUAUGCUCGAGGAGGAACUGAAGAUGUACUAUCAUAGAAUGUUGGAGAGUACGGAGGUGCCGCUAAGGAAUAGGAUUGAGGUAUUGAGGAAUAUUGAGAGCUACUUGGUUGAAGAGGAACACAGGAUGAUUCAACAGGAUUUAGAAUGGUCGAAACGGUCCAAAAUGGAAAAUCUCAAAGAAAUGGGUGAUGUUUCUUCGGGAAUGGCGUCCACCAUCAUACAGUUGUACUUGAAGGAAGUAUUGAAGGCGUAUCAACACGCAGAUGCUACCGUACGACAACCUGCACUCAAAGUGAUACAACUUGUUUUGCAGCAAGGUUUAGUACAUCCUGUUCAGAUUAUUCCGUACCUGAUCUGUAUGAGUACCGACCCGGCGGCGUGUAUAUCCAGUGUCGCCGACAAACAGUUGGCUGAAAUCGACAAGAAGUAUCCGGGUUUUAUCUACGCGCCGUCGGUGUUUGGCAUUCGGCUAUCGUAUGAGCUGCAGUGCAUGAUCAACCCGUCGACUACUCUUGUGAUACGUGGCUGGAAGAUUAAGAACCAAGGCGAAUAUCCAUCUGCCUUGAAUGGUUACCUGUACACAAUGCUGAGGGGAUCGAAGCAACAAAGACGUGCCUUAGUUCUGUCUAUUUUAAGACAAUUUGAUCAAAGUUGUACCAGUUUGUCGUACAUGCUGUACCUGGCUGACAAUUUAGCGUACUUCCCAUACCAAGUGCAAGACGAGCUGCUUUUUAUUGUACAUCAAAUAAAUGUGAUCCUUGCCGCGUCUGGAGCGAAUUUACUUCAAACUUUCCGAGAGAGUUUGAUAAUGACUGAAGCGCAAAAAAUAGCGCUGGAAACAGCACAACAACGCGGAGAGCCCAUGGUCACCGCGCUGGACGAUGAGGAUGAGGACGAGGAGUCAUUAGUCGAGCGUGUGCCCGAAGAUGUGAGCGUACUACAGGAUUGUCUCAAGUCAGCGCAGGGAUCGCUGCUCCUCCUUGUGCUUAAACAACACCUCAAGGACACUUUUGGCUUAAGUGACGGUAAAAUUCAACAGUAUUCUCCAUCUGAGCCUGUGAAAGUCCACGAAAAGGUGGCGAAUCGCAAAAGUAACGCUCUCUUCAAUCCGAAAACGACGCUGAACAAGAUCAACCAAGGACCACCGCCCCAAUAUUUAGACUUUGAAGGCCGGAAAGAUCUCAUUCGACAGUAUUUAGAUUUUAAGCAACUGAUGAUGCAGUUGGAUCCCGAAGAUGACGAAGACGACCCGAACGCGAAAACGCCGGCUGUGAACGCCAACGUGACGUUUAACAACGUCGCAACCUCGUCGAUUUUAACUGAUGCUGACCAAGUAGUCCUUUCCAAUUACAAGGAUAAUGCUCCACCGAAAGUGCCGAAACUCGUGAUUUCGAACCGCCGGCUUGAUAGCGAACCGAAACAACGCACGCCGCGGAAGUCCACCACCGAGAAGCUGCGAAAACAUCGGCACAAAAAGAAGCGCCGAAAAAUCGUGAGCUCUGGCGACGAGAGCGACUUCAGCGACCCGGACUACAUGGGCUAGCCUGCGGACUUGAGACUGAUGUGUGUAGGACUUUGUGCAGUGAUUGAGCGUUAAGCGAAAAUACACCAGUUUGUAAUUUUAUUUAUAUAUUGUAGGUUUGUAAAUACAAUUAAAAUGCAAUUCUCGCUUACCAUCUGCCAAGUUACACGAACUUUGAUGCAAAAUGUGGCGGCAGUGGACGCGACAAGUUGCGUUAUCAAAUUAACUUUAACUAGAAGUUAAACCAAAAUGUACAAAGUUAGCAUAAGAUAUACAUAUUUUUUCAUUGAUUUAUUAUAAAUACCAAAACACUGAAGUGAAAACGACUGCAAAAUGACACAUUUAGGGUAUAUCGAUAUCUACUAUUAAUUAUGCUAGGUGUUUGAUACUACAGAUUGCAGAAAGAUAUAACAGAAGUUGAGGGCCUCAAGUAUUUCUAUUAUAUUUUUUACCAGGACCACCUAGUAUAAUGAUAAACGUGUGUAUGCAAAGCAGGUGUGUAAGCUUUGUUUGGCAAGUGUUUUGAAUCGAAUCCAGUAUGUUCAUUUAAUACAAGCCAUCGCGAAGUUUGCAAAGCUCUUGUUCGAUAAAGUUGUUGUACAUAUUUUAAAACCAGUGCUUUUUAUACCAACAAUCGUUUUGCAAGCGAAAUUUUUUGAACAUAAUGUGCGAUUCGGUUCAUGUUAUUGCAAGCAAAGAAAGACAGAACAAAAUUUAUUUGCGAUUGUAAAAACUUUAGUUUCCUUGAUAAAUUUAUACAUAUUAUAUUAAAUAUAUUAUAAUUAGUGAUGGAGAAAUGCAAAUAUAAUAGAUAUUGUAAACAGUGAACUAGUUCGAUGGAAGCGAGGCGGAAAGAAAGCAAAAGUAUAUCGAUAUAAAUGAAUUUACAGAAUUUAUCACAGUGAAACGAGAUGACUUACAUUAGCGAACCAUUUUAGAAUCAAAUGAAACAAAGCAAAUUUGUUUAAAUUUAUUUAUUGUGCUUAGUUUCUAAAGAUGUAUUACUCCUUUUUAAGCAGGUAGCUUCGCGCCCGCAUUUCUCUCAAAUCAAAUCGAUACUAUUUAUUUGUUAUUUUGCAACUAUUUUUAAUCGGAGAGAACAAUUGCGUUCUAAUUGGUAGUGAAAUUGAAAUUGGUAUACAUCAACACUCGUGCGUUGUUGCUUACAGCUGCCAGUUGCGCGUUAUAUGAAAGAAAUUAAAGAGCAAGUACGAUUACGUAGAAUCUUACCGCUCGCCUUACUGUAACAGAUAUAAGAAACAUUCAUUUUCCAUCGAUUUGGGGCGCGUGUCUGUUUGUUUUCUUUGUUGUGAAAGCAAUUGGCAGCACACAUAAUUUACGUGUUACUCAUUUAAGUCCCCUAUUUGUAAUUAAAUAAAUUUAUAUUUGUA